UUUAAUAUCUAGAAUCUUAAUCAAACACGAAAAUAAUCAAUUGCAUCAGCUGACCUUUUGCAUGAUCAAUUUGCAAAAUUGAUUGAACCCAAUUGACGUAAAUUAAGCUCAGGAUGAUCACGAUUGAAUCUUUGGACCUAAAUGACUCGUGUAUAACACUCAACCCAUGCAGCAGCUGUCGUCGUCUACCUCCCCAAUUAUGUGCGCCAACAACCUUUUUCCAUGGAUCAUUUUGACCUCUCUUGUCCAAGUGCAAUGCCUGUACAUAGCUUUGAAGAUACGGCAAUCUCAACAACAUCUUUCACCACUGCUCGAUCGCCAUUUACAGGUCAAGUAGGCUGAAACGUCAUAAUCCAGCACUAGCAAUCAGUAUACAGCAGCUGCAUGUCUUCACUUGGAAUGAUGGAAAGUGUCCGGUGGCUCGCUCGGUAUACUUUCUAUGAUGGCGACAACUUCCACAGAAGCAUUUCAUCGAGCACCAUGAAGUCACUUUAUGGACUCGACUGUGGAUAGUCUCUGCAACAUGGAACGCGUUGUAAAGCCAGGAAGAGUUGACUUCUUCAUUGAGGCUCCUCCGUCGUGGUCUCGUCGGCACAAAGCCGAAGUAGGAGGAGCAUGUGACGGCCACUUUGCAUCAUUCCUCUACCAUAUAUGUUGCUCCAGGCAUGGCAAGACUGUUGUCGGCUCGUUACAGAUCGGUCAUUUCGUCAAACACAUAGGAACCGAUGGAGAGGGACUCGCUGGAGUUGACAAAGAGCUCAAAAGAUUAGGACGCCCCCAAGUGCUAUUGGCUCACCGGGGUUGACCAUCGAUCUCGGUGGGCGUAAAAGUCUCUUCUUCCAUUGCCCGCACCUCUCCCCAAACAUUGUGAUCGACAGCACAGCCAACAUCUCCCACUCCAUAUAUUGCCACUGACAUCUCUUGCUCAGCAUCUUCAUCUCUCACCAUGACUUCCAGCUAAACAAAUCCUCACUCAUGAGCAGAUUUGCUUCUUCUUCUGCAUCAUCUCGACACAUUCUGCAUCAGCUAAGUCAUGAGUAAUCUGAGCCUCCCAAGAGCCAUGAUGAUGUUUCAUCAAGUUUACGACAGAGGUUAAUAGCAUAAGCUUCCAAGAGUUGGUUCUUUCCCCUUCACUCCGAGUGAUCAUAACAACAACAGAGUAAUAGUAGGAGGAGUUGAUCCUUCUUGUGAAGCUUUCUUUGCAUGGAAAAGGUUGGAGGAGAUGGCAAAGAAAAGAGGGCGAAGGGGCUGAUACUGAAGACCUUGGAACGGUGCCGGUCGAUGGCCGGCCAGCGCAGAGGAGGAAGGCAGGAAGCGCCGCCGGAGGGGUGCUUCGCGGUGUACGUCGGGCCAGACAGGGAGCGGUUCGUGAUCCGAACCGAGUGCGUGAACCACCCUCGCUUCAGGGUGCUGCUGGAGGAGGCGGAGAUGGAGUUCGGCUACUCCAACUCCGGCCCUCUCGAGCUCCCGUGCCAUGUAGAGGUCUUCCAUGAGGUCUUGUGGGAGAUGGAACAGGAGGCGGUGGAGUCGUCUUGGUGCAUCGUCGGCAGAGGAGGAGGAGGAGGAGGACAUGGCGGAUAUCGUUCUUUGAGGUCGGUCAACCGAUGAAACAUGCUACGUGCUCUUUGCUUCCUUGUUCAUGUCUGAGGACACGCAGACUUCGAUCUGCAUGUCAAUCUCUUUCCAAAGUAUAAUAACUGUGUUACGAGUUCUUGAGUUACAACUCGGUCUUCUUCUACACAAGGAUUCUUGUCUGCUUGAUCACUUCUACUUGUAGAGUGAUGUAGCUUGCAAGCAUAGCCAUCUGUGCCUACUGCAAACUUCUUCCUUUGAACUUACUGCAA